AGGCAGGGCUGUGAGCUGAGGUGGAGGAGACACAGAACCUCACACAACCACGGGAAUUUUAGGUUUAGUUUGGAAGGGACCUUAAAGCUCUUCCCAUUCCAGCCCUUUCCAGCACCCCAGGCUGCUCCAAGCCCUGUCCAGCCUGGCCUGGAGCAUCUCCAGGUGCCAGAGAUGUGUGAGCUCCCAGGAUUUCCACCUGCCACGCUGCAAACCCAGGAUGUGCUGUGGUGACCCGUGCCCUGCCAGCAGCUCCUGCCUGCCUUAGCCAGCAUCCUGCCAGCCAUGGCCUCAACGCCCCAGUGAGGGACAAAAGGACGAGGAGAGAGUGUCCCCAACAGUGCCACAUCCCCUGGGAGAGCCAUGGAGGCCCCUCUGGAUGUGCCUGUGGGGAACCUCAUUGACUUUGACAGCGAAACGCCCGCCCGUGACCCCUCAGAGCCGGCUCCCGCUGCCCCCAGCGACAACGGCCAGCGAGGGGGUGACAGCGGUGACACGGGGGAUGACAAUGGCCACCCGGGGCACACAGGGGACGUGGCUGCCGAGGAGAGCGACGCCACCGAGUCAGCAGACAGCGAGAACGACAUGGGGGGCUCUCCCCAGCACUGGGGCGGCCCCCGGCGCUCCUCGUCCAACGAGUCCCUCUCGUCCGGCCAGAGCGCGGAGUCGGCGCCGCGGGACGAGCGCAGGGAGUUCAUGCGGGGUUACGUGGAGAAGAUCUUCACCGGGGGAGAGGAUCUGGACCAGGAGGAGAAGGCCAGGUUUGGGGAGCUGUGCAGCAGCGAGGACGGGAAGGGCAGGGAGUGGUUUGCGAGAUACGUGAGCGCCCAGCGCUGCAACUCCAAGUGUGUCUCAGAGCAGACCUUCUACCGCCUGAUGCAGUCCUUCGCCCUCGUGCUCUUUGAGUGUCACCAGAUGGACGAUUUCAGCCCUGCCAAGAACCUCAUGACCAUGUGCUUCACCUAUUACUACAUAGGGAAGCCCCAGGCCCUGCCCCUGGAGGCCAAGGAGAAGCCCACGGGCAGCAUUGACUCGUACCUGAAGUCAGCCAACACGUGGCUGGCCGAGAAGAAGGACAUUGCAGAGAGGCUGCUGAAAAACACCUCAGCCAAGACAGAGAACGUCAAGGGCUUCUUCGGGGGCCUGGAGACCAAGCUGAAGGGUCCUGGCAGCAGAAAGAGCGAAGAAGGUGAAGACAAACCAAAGGAGAAGCUGAAGAAGACGGUGUCCCUGCAGAGCCCAGAGGAGGAGAAGAAAGGGGAGAAGAUCUACCUGUACAUGCACCUCAAGCAGCAGCCGAUCUGGCACAACCUCCGUUUCUGGAACGCCGCCUUCUUCGACGCCGUGCACUGCGAGCGCAGGAAGAGAUCCCCCACCACCAGAGGGAACCCUGGGGAGGAAGAGGAGAAGAGGGAGAAGUGGUGCCACAUGACGCAGGAGGAGCGCGACGACAGCCUGCGCUUCAACGAGAACAUCACCUUCGGGCAGCUGGGCACCUUCAUCCACAACAUGCUGGCCUUUGGCCUCAACAAGAAGCUCUGCAGUGACUUCCUGAAGAAGCAGGCGACCAUCGGCAACUUGGACGAAGAGCAAUACAAGCUGCUCAGUGACCACAUCGAGCAGAUGGCCCCGGAGUAGCUGCUGGGCAGAGGCGGAGACGGCGGCCGGCCAGGUGGGGAGGGAGAGGAGCCCACCCCGGGGCUACCUGAGACUGCAGCUGGGCUAGCGACAAACCAAACCACACCACGAGCUGCAAUAAAACCUGCAUGAUCGUCCAUCAAGCUCUAGAGCUGCCCCAGGGCAGCCUGUAGACAUAGGAGCCAAGCAGCCCCCGCCCUCGCCAGACCCUCCCGCCUCUGUUGUCGGAGUAGAUGCUCCCAAAAGUGAAUUUGGUUGGUUAAAAAGCAAAACAAAACACAAGAGGAAAGCAGGAAGAGCGUGGCAGUGCAGCCCCCAGGUGCUGAGUGAGCAGCACUCCCAUGCUGAGGGCUCUGGUGGUAAAUCCAGAGGGAUCCAAGGCUGCCUUUCCCUGCUGGAGCCCCCUCGCUGAUGAUGCUGGAGGUGAUGGCAGGGACCACAGCCAGGAGCUGGGGCUGCCCCCAGCCACCCCCCAGUCAGGUUCUGUGCUGUCUGCAGGGUGUCACCACUGCCUGGGGACAUGGGCAGGGUGGCGCCUUGCUGGGGACAGAGGUGGGGAUGGCAGAGCUCUGCUGCCACCCUCCCUGGGAGCUGGAGGGAAAUCCUUCCCUUGGGAAGCCUUCACCGCGCUGCCCGUGUGGGUUUGCGCCUCUGGGCAGAGGGACAGCACUUUGCUCCGUACCAUUAGCCUGGAUCAGUAGGAAAAAAGCCAUGGCCUUGGGCAGGAUUGCAGGCAGAGGCAGAGGAGCUCUGCCUGCCUUGGGAGGAGAUGACAAAAGCUCAUCCCUCUCCCUGCUGCCCUGUCAGUGCGGGGAUGCUGCUGCAUUGUGACGUUUCCCGAAGCCUCCCGGCAUCCUGUGGCAGUAGAUUAAUGUCCUCCUUCCCCAGGCUGCUCCUCUCUGCCCCCUCCUUUGCUCCAGCUGCUCAUCCAUCAAACCUGAAGCAGCCCUGUCCAAAGGACACCUCCUGCUCUGCUCCAGGGGCUGCAGAUCUGUUUUAUCCCUUGGACCUUGGCACGGUGUUUGCAGAGAGGCUGGGGACACGGGGACAUCUCUGGGGACACGGGGACAUCUCUGGGGACACGGGGACAUUGCUGGGGACAUGGGGACAUCUCUGGAGACAUCUCUGGGGACACAAGGACAUUGCUGGGGACAUCACUGCUCCCCUCUGCAGGAAGCAGAAACCCCCAGCCCUGCACAGCCAAGGGUCCAACAGUCCCACCCCAAAACCAUCACCCUGAAACACGAGUCCAGGUUUCAAACAAUCCGUUUUUCCCUGUGCUUCCAGCUGUAUCCCAUAGGAAAUAGCAUAAAAGGAUGAUUUUUCCACCUAGCUCUUGGCUUCUGGUGUCAUUUCCAAGCAUCAAAGUGAUGCUUUUACCUAAGCUGGGCUUCCCUUGCUGCUGGGGAUGGGAUCUGUGCUGGGUCUUGUAGGAAGGACAAAUCCAGCACCAAUUUUAUCUUGGCCAUUCCCAAACCUGGGCAGAGUCACUGGAGAAGGGGUUUUGUUGGGAUCAGGGGCUGAUGUUGGUCCCUCAUCCCAAAAACCCCUUCCUGCUGGAUGAAAUGUGCUGCACCAUGAGCAGCUCCUGGAUCAUCCCAUCCCCGUGGCCUUCCCUGUCUCUGUCUCCACUCAGGUCUUUCCCAAAUCCUCCUUCAUUUCUUUAUUAUUAUUAUUAUUUUUUUCCAACAUGAAAAGAAAUGUUCAGCGCUGAAGUAUAUAUAUAUAUUAUUUGCAUGUGUAUUUUUCUAUAAAAACAAUUAAAAUCCAAUAAAAAAUAGCCAUAAACCCUCCCUGACUGGGACUGUGUGAAGGAUGAGAUGUGAGAGAGAGAGAGAGAUUGGAAUAAAUUAUCUUAGAAAUGAA